AUGCCUUCCUCGGCCUUCUCCUCUUUGCCGACUCGGACGUCGGCCAUCGCCAGCCUUCUCCUCCUCUACUCUCCUUCGCCUCCAGCGGCACCUCCACUUCUUCCCCACGCCAACAUCGUCGAUGUUCCACUGCCCCUCUCCCUUUCCUCUCUCCUUCCCCUUCGGCGCCCAACGCACAGUGAGGACAUGGAGCCAUCUUCGUCCCUCGUCGACAUCAUCGAGCGACGGCCGCUGUCGGCAGUCGCCCCCAAGCCGCCAAGGGAGGUCGGACCUGCUCCUUUUCCCUCUCCUCCUCACGCCACUGUCACUGCACGGACUCACUCGACGACGACGUCGCAACUUCUUCUUCUCUCUUCUCCCGACGGCCACGCCACCACCUUCACUUCCUCUCACCAGCAGCAGACUCCAACGAGCCACCUCUCGCCAGCAACACACUCCGACGAGCCUAGGCUACGCCCGUCGGGACAGAUGGCCCUCUCGUCGCCUUCGUUGAUCGUCGGAUUGCCUUUGCUGCUCGCUGGACCACCCACGCCAUGCGCACAGUGCACAUCCGCCGCCCGAUCCACGGCUUCACGGACGGCAUAG